GCAAAGGAGUAGGAAGGUUGUGAUUCGAGUUCGAAAACGACGAGAAGAGAAAGAAGGAAGAGAAGGUAGUGGUUUAGUGGUGUUGGUUAAAGAGAUGAAAGAGUAGUAGUAGUAGUAGUAGUAGUAGGAGGUGGAGGAGGUGGUGGUGAUGGUAGUGGGGUGGUGGAGGAAGGUUCUGAUCAGCUUUGGAUCAGCUAGUGCCAGUCCACGUCCACUAGUCUACUCGCACUCUUUCAUCGGUGAGUGUGGAUUCGUGUCAGAAUUUUUAUCCCAUUCGAUUAAUAUUUUAAUAACAUUUGUUUAGUUUCAUAUCUAUUAAUAUUUUUGUUUUAUUGUGUGAAAUAAUAUUUAUUUUCAUUUUCCCUUCAAUUACUUGGAAUAAGUUUAAGAAAACAGUGAUAAAGUGAAAGGGAGAUCGUAGAAGUUUUAACGAGGAAUUGGAAGAUAAAGUCCUCCUCCUGGAGGGGGGUGGUGACAUCGUUCAAGAAGAAACAGAAUCGUGGCUACGGAUGGUUAACGACGUAAUGAGCGAGUACGAACGAAUCAAGCGUUCGUGCUUGAAACGAGGUGAACUAUGGGAGGAUCCUGAAUUUCCAGCAACCCAAGCAUCGGUAUUUUAUCAUCAAACACCACCGUUUCAAUUCCAAUGGAAAAGGCCAAAGGAACUUUGCAACCGUCCGAUAUUCGUCAGCGAUGCACCAGCACAAUUCGACGUAAUUCCUGGAAAAAUGGGUGACAAAUGGUUGGUCUCCUGUCUGGGUGUUCUUCACUUGAGUAAAGGACUCUUCUACAGGGUGGUACCAGCCGAUCAAGAUUUUGGAAACAAUGGUGAACCAGCAGGAUCACCUAGCGCAGAAUAUGCUGGUGUAUUUAGAUUUCGUUUAUGGUGGUGUGGUGCUUGGGUUGAGGUACUAGUCGACGACAGAUUACCAGCUGUUCAUGGAAGAUUGGCUUUCGUCCAAAGUCGGCAUAGUGAUCAGUUUUGGCCAGCCCUUUUAGAGAAAGCCUAUGCGAAACUUCACGGCUCGUACGAGGCAUUAAAAUAUGGCACGCUGUUGGAUGGUUUGUCCGAUUUAACUGGUGGGAUCACAGAAAGCAUUGCUAUUAGACAAGACCCAACUGCUUGUGGUAGAGCAUUAGCUAAACUUUUAGAUAUGACUUCUUUAAUCACCUGCGUUGUUCACAAUAAUCAACAACAUCAGUUACGUGCCAGUACAGAAAAAUUAGCCAACGGUAUACAAAUGGGAAUAAAUUACAGAUUGUACGCUAUAGAAAGGGUAGAAACAUUUAGUGGUGAGGCUGUACAACUGGUAAAAUUGCGAAAUCCACUUGGUCCUGGUGGCGAGUAUAUAGGAGCAUGGGCACGUGGUGGUUUAGAGUGGGACGAAAUUCCAGCAAUGGAACGAGAACGUUUAGCGGUUAGAAAUAUGGCUGAAGGGGAAUUUUGGAUAUCCUACUCUGAUUUUGUAAAAACUUUCACUCAUUUAGAAGUGGUUCAUCUAGAUGCCGAAACAUCGAGAGAUGAGCCAUCGUUGCACAAUAAACACACAUGGCAAAUGAAAUUAUAUCAGGGUAGUUGGAGGAGAGGUGUAACAGCAGGUGGAUGUCGAAACAAUCAAGAAACCUUUCACAUAAAUCCACAACUACAUUUAAUUCUGAGCGAGAUGGAAGAAGUAAUCGUAUCGUUGAAUCAACAUUCUAUCAUGGAACUGAAAGUAAUAGGUUUCACUGCGUACACUUUACCGAAGAACAGUACGGAAUCGAUAAACAAGCAAUUUUUUAAGAAAAAUAAAUCAUUAGUUAAUUCUGAAUAUACAAACAGUCGACAAGUGAGCCAUAGAUGUCAACUUGAACAGGGUGGUUACUUAUUGGUACCAACUACCUUCGAACCAACUCAGGAAACAAGUUUCACGUUACGAGUUUACAGCAGUAAACCUUUGAAGCUCAAAUUACUGGAUACACCACCAUCGUUAAUGAAAUCAGCUAUAGUUAAAGCACCUCCAUUAGAAGGCAAAGGAUUUUCUCAAUACGAAGCUGUGUUCCUUCAGUUAGCUGACGAGCACAGAACAGUAAAUGCAUUUGAACUUCAAGAAUUACUUGAAGCUUGUCUUCCUAACGAUUACAUUAAAAGCUGUGCGUGCAUGGAAGUUUGUCGACAAGUUGUUUUGACGAUGGACAGUUCAGGUAGUGGUAGAUUAAAGUUCAAUGACUUCAAAGAUCUCAUGUGUAGUUUGAAGUAUUGGCAAGCUGCAUUUAAAAAUCAUACGAAAGAAAAGACUGGUAUUCUCAAAGCCGAAAGAUUACGAGAUGCUCUUUUAGAAGUCGGUUUUCAAUUAAAUACUGACGUAUUGUCGAUCCUUAUCCUUCGAUAUAUGAGGAAGGAUGGAACUCUGCGAUUCGGCGAUUUUGUUUCAGCUAUAUUACAUUUAAGUGAUGCAUUUGGUAUAUUCGAGAGCAAAGAUCCUCUGCAGAAUGGAACUAUAAAAUUAAGUUUAUCAGAGUGGCUUAGAUCAUCUCUAAUGUGCUGAAGUGCCUUUCGUCCAUCGUAAUUUAUGUACCUUGAAUCGAUUGUAAAUAAUAUUUUUCUAUCGUCUAACUAGAAAUAAGUAUUAGCCAUAUUAACGAUUAAUGAUCAAAUUCAUUUUAACAGUUUUGUAAUAUAAUUAUCGUUAAUAUCACGUUAUUACAAAUCGUCAUUUUCACUCCAUUAAAAGUUAAGAAUAUAAAAUUUUGUAUAAUAAAUUGUUUGUAUAUAUAAGAUAAUCGUAUAUUAUCGUAUCGAUAAUAUAAACAAAAAAAUUAAAUUUAUUUUCUAUAUAAUAUAUCAUUCACCCUUCAUCCCUUUUUUAAAUAAAACUUUUCUUAUAUUUCAUCCCCUUGAAAUAGAGUGCAAUAUAAUAAAAUAUAUAAGAUUUCUUUCAGUUCUAUUCUCAUAUUUUUGUUAAAACUUUUUAAUAACAAUGCAUUUAAAA